CGCUGUGCUUUUACGCCAUCACAGCGCGCUCUCCCGCGUCCGGGUGUUCAAGCUCCGCGCGCGAGCCGCGCUUCAGCCCCACGGGCGGAAUCCGCGCGCCCUGUGUCGCUUCUGCGUUCCGUCAUGUUCCCGGCCGUCUCCUCUCCGCGGACACCGGGGCCUGGGACCCGAAGGGGCCCGCUGGGCGGAGUCGGGCCGGGCUCCACGCCCCGGGCGACUAGCAGGAAAGGUCUGUCCUUGGCGUCGGCAGUCAGCUCCCCGGUGCUCUUUUCGCCGGUCGGCCGGCGUAGCUCGCUGAGCUCGCGAGGAACACCUACACGAAUAUUGCCACACCACUGUGUAACUGAGUCUAUGAACUACGAUGUGAAAACAUUUGGAUCUUCUCUUCCUGUUAAAAUAAUGGAAGCCUUGACAUUGGCUGAAGUUGAUGAUCAGCUGACUGUUCACAUAGAUGAAGGUGGAUGGGCUUGUCUGGUCUGCAAAGAGAAACUCAUUAUUUGGAAGAUUGCUCUGUCACCUAUUACUAAGUUAUCUGUUUGCAAAGAACUUCAGCUGCCGCCUAGUGACUUCCACUGGAUUGCUGACUUGGUGGCUCUCUCUUAUUCUGAUACUGCAGGUGAAACACAUUCUACUCAGGCUGUUGCUGUCAUGGUUGCCACCAGAGAAGGAUCCAUCCGCUAUUGGCCAAGCCUUGCUGGUGAAGAUAUCUACACAGAGACCUUUGUAGAUUUGGGAGGUGAUAAGACUUACAGUUUCCUAACAGCAGUGCAGGGAGGAAGUUUUAUUUUGUCCUCAUUGGGAAGCCAGAUGGUUCGGCUGAUACCUGAUAGUUUAGGAAAGAUUCAUCAACACGUUCUGCCUCAAGGACAAGGCAUGCUUUCAGGAAUUGGUCGGAAGGUCUCUUCUCUUUUGGGAAUUUUAUCUCCAAGUAGUGAUCUCAUCCUUUCAAGUGUCCUUUGGGAUAGAGAGAGAGCAAGCUUUUAUAGCCUGACAAGUUCAAACAUCAGUAAAUGGGAAUUAGAUGAUUCUUCAGAAAAACAAGCACAUAGUUGGGAUAUAAAUAGAGCCCUUAAGGAAAACAUUACUGAUGCUAUUUGGGGAUCUGAAAGUAACUACGAAGCUAUUAAAGAAGGGGUCAACAUUCGGUAUUUGGAUUUGAAGCAAAACUGUGAUGGGCUCCUGAUUUUGGCAGCCGCAUGGCACCCAGCAGACAAUCCAUGUCUCAUCUAUUACUCUCUGAUAACAGUAGAAGAUAAUGGCCACCAAAUGUCUGAUGCGGUAACUGUAGAAGUCACUCAGUAUAAUCCACCUUUUCAGUCUGAAGACUUGAUCAUGUGUCGGUUGAUGGUCCCAAACUUUUCAAAUCAGACUGCCUAUCUGUAUACUGAAAGUGCUGUCUAUGUGUGUGCCACAGGAACUGGGAAGUUUUCUCUCCCUCGGGAGAAAAUUGUCUUUAAUACACAAGGAGACAGUAUUUUAGGAGCUGGUUCCUGCGGUGGUUUUCCUAUCCUUUUUUCUAGAAACAGUGGGUUGGUGUCUAUUACUUCAAGGGAAGGUGUGUCCAUAUUAGCAGAAGAUCUUGAAGAUUCCCUAGCAUCUUCAGUUGCUGGACCCAGCAAUGAGAGUAUGGUUUUUGAGGCUUCUACAAAGAAUGAAACCAUUGCUCAGGAGGAUAAAACCAAAUUGUUAAAAGCUGCUUUUCUGCAAUACUGCAGAAAAGAUCUAGGUCAUGCUCAAAUGAUGGUUGAUGAGCUCUUUUCACCCCACUCUGAUUUGGAUUCCGACUGUGAACUAGACAGAGCUGUUACCCAAAUCAGUGUAGAUCUGGUGGAUGACUACCCAGCCUCCGACCCACGAUGGGCUGAGUCUGUCCCUGAGGAAGCUCCUGGGUUUAGCAAUACAUCACUGAUUAUUCUUCACCAGCUAGAAGACAAGAUGAAAGCCCAUUCUUUCCUUAUGGACUUUGUUCACCAAGUUGGCUUAUUUGGACGUCUUGGCACUUUUGCAGUAAGAGGGAUGCCCAUGGCAACUCGACUGUUGCUCUGUGAGCAUGCAGAAAAGUUAUCAGCCGCCAUUGUUCUCAAGAACUACCACUCCAGGCUCUCGGACCUGCUGAACACAGCAAUAAUGAUUGCUUUAAACAAGAGGGACUGUGAAAUCCCAUCCAACCUGACUCCAGCAGAUGUCUUUUUUAGAGAAGUGUCCCAGGUAGACACCGUCUGUGAGUGCUUACUAGAGCAUGAGGAGCAGGUCUUAAAGGAUACAUCAUUGGAAUCUGUUGAAUGGGCUGAGGUGGUCAUCAAUGUGAACAGUAUUCUCAAGGACAUGGUACAAGCUGCUAGUCAUUAUCGACAAAAUAGAAACUCCUUAUAUAGAAGAGAAGAACCACUAGAACAGGAACCUGAAUAUGUUCCUUGGACAGCAACAAGUGGUCCUUCAGGCAUCCGAACAGUAAUAGAACGCCAGCAUGGAAUUGUCCUGAAAGUGGUUUAUCCUCAAGCAGACAGCAACCUCCGAAACAUUCUGACAGAGCAGCUGGUAGCACUGAUUGAUUGCUUCCUGGAUGGUUAUGUUUCCCAGCUGAAGUCUCUGGACCGAUCUGGUGAUCAAGAAAGAUAUAGCAGUCUGGAAAUGGAAUACCUACAGAAAAGAUCAGAUCUCUUAUCUCCACUUCUCACACUAGGCCAGUACCCGUGGGCUGCUUCAUUAGCAGAAAAGUACUGUGACUUUGAUAUCUUAGUACAGAUGUGUGAGCAGACUGACAACCAGACCAGACUCCAGCGCUACAUGACCCAAUUUGCCGAUCAGAAUUUUUCAGACUUCCUCUUCCGUUGGUAUCUGGAGAAAGGAAAGCGAGGCAAAUUAUUAUCUCAGCCCAUUUCUCAGCACGGAGAGUUGGCGAAUUUUUUGCAGGCUCAUGAACAUCUCAGCUGGUUACAUGAAAUUAACAGCCAAGAAUUAGAAAAGGCUCAUGCAACACUUCUGGGUUUGGCAAACGUGGAAACUCAUUACUUUGCAAAGAAAAAAACCCUUCUUGGUUUGAGUAAAUUGGCUGCAUUGGCUUCAGACUUUUCAGAGAAUAUGCUGCAAGAAAAAAUUGAAGAAAUGGCUGAGCAGGAGCGCUUUCUCUUGCACCAGGAGACCCUGCCUGAACAGCUGCUGGCGGAGAAACAGCUAAGUCUCAGUGCAAUGCCAGUGCUGACGGCCCCUCAGCUCAUCAGCCUGUAUAUAUGUGAAGAAAACAGAAGAGCUAAUGAAUAUGAUUUCAAGAAAGCUUUGGACUUGCUGGAAUAUAUUGAUGAGGAGGAAGAUGUAAAUAUAAAUGAUCUAAAACUGGAAAUCCUUUGCAAAGCUCUUCAGAGAGAUAACUGGUCUAGUUCAGAUGGUAAGGAUGAUCCAAUUGAAGUAUCUAAAGACAGUAUAUUUGUGAAAAUCUUACAGAAACUUUUAAAAGAUGGCAUUCAGCUCAGUGAAUACCUGCCAGAGGUGAGAGACCUCCUGCAAGCAGACCAGCUUGGAAGCUUAAAGUCUAAUCCUUACUUUGAGUUUGUUUUGAAAGCAAACUAUGAAUAUUAUGUUCUGGGACAAAUGUAACUUUUUCUAAAAAUGGUCACUGUCCCUGAAAAUUUGUGUAAGCAUGUCCUUAUAAAAAUCUUAGGCCUUAAACAUCUAAAAAUUUGUAGUUUUAUAACAUGUAUUGAUGAAUUUUGUAUACUUUAUUUGAAAGCUGCUACAAAACAGCUGUGUGACUGAAUGUAGUUUUGGUUUUUUGUUACAAGAUAUUUUCUCUCUUUUUUCCAUCUAAAAUGUAUCACUUGUUAUUUCCAUGCUUGCUACCCUUUCUUUCUCUUCUCAUUCUGUCGGGGGUUCUGGAGUUCUUACUCUGGUUCUGGCUACUUGUAUGCACAAAGCACUUCUCGGCCUCAGUUUCUAUAACUUUAAACAUGACAGGAUUGCACUGAUUGUCUCUGAAAUGGCUGUGACUCUGCACUGAAGAGAAUCAAGUAUUUGGUGUCUGUUUUGGUUAGAACUAGUAGGAAAUAUGUAGUAAGAUAGAUGUCAGGUUUGCUGACUUGCUGUAGGACUAAAAGACUAAACAAGGCAUAAUUCAUGUGAGCUUGAGAACUGGUUAAUUCAUUGGGAAAAUAUUAAACAUUUCUGUGUAAAUAAUAGAGUAUUAAUGAGAGGAGUGAAUAAGACCUGUGUUUUCUAACCUAUCUGUAAGUUACCAUAAAAUAAGUUUAUAGUAUUAAUGUUAGUUACAAUCUUUCAGUAUGGGGAUUCAAUUAGCUUCAUGUAUUUUCAAGGUGAUUUACACUGAAUUCCGGCUUUACCACAGUCUAAUUAAUGUAAAGCAUGUGUUAUGCUAGAAGCCAUUAUAGGUUUUUUUUUUUUUUUUUUUUAAGAUUUUAUUUAUUUAUUUGACAGAGGCACAGCGAGAGAGGGAACACAAGCAGGGGGAGUGGGAGAGGAAGAAGCAGGCUUCCCGCUGAGCAGGGAGCCCGACGCGGGGCUCGAUCCCAGGACCUGGGGUCAUGACCUGAGCCGAAGGCAGCCGCUUAACGACUGAGCCACCCAGGCGCCCCCCAUUAUAGGUUUUCUUAGUAUGGCAUCCGAUUUACUGAAAAGUAGUGGUUCUCAAAGCUUCGUUGUUCUGACCAAUGUCAUCACUCAGUUUUUAUCAGCUUUAAAUAAAGACUAAAGAUUGGACAGGGAGUUGCUGCAUAUUCAGAUUUUGGCCCAGUUGAAUGCUCACUAAACAACUUGCUCCGACAGCUGAAAAGGUCAGAAGUUAAAUAUGGUGAAGAGAGUCCGGUUCCUGGUUUCACAAAGGACAGCCGUCUGUGCCCUCUUCCCCUCUAGGCUUCAAAUCCAGCCUUUGAACACGUUGGCAAGAGGAGGCUAAUGGAGCUCAUUACAUUAAUAACUGAAGGAAAGACACUAGCAGCCUUGUCUUUUUUUUUUUUUUUUUUGCAGCUUGUGUGUGGGGACAGCAUCAGGGUCCAAGUUAGGAACCUAUUGAAGGUGCUAAGGCAAGUUGAACUUGUCAGAUGGUGGAUAAGAAAUUGCUAAAUUUUUAUCUUACAGGACAUAGACAUUAACAGUUCUUGCCUGUAUGAUCCUUUUCGGUAAUGUGCUCUGGGGACACAGGAUUGUGCCCCCUUCAACAUGCUACCACAAAUCUGAUAGCCCUAGUGUGACAGGAAAGCCAGUCUGAGAGUGACCCUGGCCCUGUUGAUGGCAUGAUUUUGCAUUACUGCUGUCACAGUGUAAUGCAUAGUCUUAUUUUGAGGGAGGGGAAGGCUCGCUCUUCUAGCUGUAUCUCGUCGUCAGAAGCCUAGCACCGAAAUGGUUGGAUUUUUAAAAAUUAAUAAUGGUAAAAUUAAGGCCUAAGAUUUUGAAUAGUUUUUCUAAAUUUAAAAAUUUCACAACAUAGUCUUUAUCAAAGAAUUGAUUUUUACAUAAAUUGAGUAAUUGAUAAAGACACAUUAUAAAGGUGAGCAUGUUUUCUAAGGAAAGAGAAAUUUUACGGACUUGGGAAAGGUUCCCCCCCCGCCCCUGUCCUUGCUUUUCUCAAAGUCACAGCUUGCAGCCUUGAUUAAAUGAAACAAUAAUGUGUUUUUGAAAGUGAACAGUGCUGAUAUGUUUUAAGAAUUUGUAAAUAUGGGAUGCCUGGGUGGCUCAGUCGGUUAAGCGUCUGCCUUUGGCUCAGGUCAUGAUCUCAGGGUCCUGGGAUCGAGCCCCGCAUCGGGCUCUGUUCAGCGGGGAGCCUGCUGCUCCCCCUGCUUGUGCUCUCUCUCUCCCUCUCAAGUAAAUUAAAAAAAAAAAAAUCGUGAAUGUGUCAAGGAUGAAGGCAGAACUGGAUACACAUAAGGGACUUGCUGAAACCCCAGUGAAGUAAAAGGCUACUGAUACCCUCCGUUGUAGGGAUUUCGUUUUUUGAAGAAAACUUCAAAACUGGAUUGUUUCUUUUAUUUUGGGGUCUGAAUCAGAGUCCUGAAGUAUAUCGCCCACCAGGCACACGAGUCCUGCGGGUAGAUCGUGCAGGAUGUUUCCCCUUUGAGGCCGAUUGCUUUCUCUAGAACAGGAAUGGAAGGAAAGCCACACCAUAAUGUCGUCAGACUCACUUCUUAAUCUAUUGUAAUCCAGCAUACUUGUACAUGUUGAAGCUGAUAACUACAGAAAUAUUAAUGUAGUUCUACCUGCUUAUUCCUGGACCUUUAAUUUGGAGAAUGCCUGAAGAGAAAAGAGUUUUACAUAUUUCUAUAUAAAAUCCACUCAUUAGAUACCAAAAUAUAAUUUAAAAAAAUAAUUGUGUAAUUCUAAAAAUUUAAAGAUUUUUAUUUGAGAGCGAGUAUGAGUGGGGGGAGGGCAGAGGGAGAAGCAGACUUCCCGCUGAGCAGGGAGCCCCACACACGGGGCUCAGUCCCAGGACCUGGGAUCACGAGCCAAAGGCAGACACUUAACCGACUGAGCCACCCAGGUGCCCUAAUUAAUUCUUAAGUUAAAAAAAAAAAAAACUAGAAAAUGUGAAACCUAUUUUUUAAAAAAGUAGAUGGAAGAAGAUAAAGCCCUAUAAUCCCACCAGCUAGAAAUAGCUUCAGUUACCAGUUUGAAAUGUAUCUUAGGGACACCUGACUGGCUCAGUCGGAAGAGCAUGCAACUCUGAUCUCAGAGUCAUGAGUUCAAGCCCCAUGUUGGGUGUAGAGAUUACUUAAACUUUUAAAAAGUGAAAUGCAUCUUGGACAGUUUGGGACUGUGCAUACUGUGUAUUCUAUAACCUAGUGUAUAUUGUGAGCAUCUCCACGUAUCCUUAAUCCAGUGUUUCCCAGUCUUUUUCCCGUUGUCAUUCCUGAGGACUCUUUUUAGUUUUAUUCUAAUCACUCCACCCGCAUCCCCCCCCACAAAGUUUAAUACUGCAGAUAUACUGUAUAUUUUUUUAUGUGCUGUGCUUCUGGAGGCCACAAAUCAUUGCAAUACCUAAUUUAAGAUUUUUUUCACACCCUGCAGAAACAGUUCCCCCCCUUCAAAAAUGGAUGUCUUCACAGUUCAAGAUACAAUUUUUUAAUGACUGCAUGAUACUUUACCACAUGGCUGUGCCAUGCUUUAUUUAAUGGUUCUCUGCCUCCUUAACGAUCUGAACACUUGAGUUAAUGGUUUUGGUUUGGGUUGGGUUUUGUUUUGUUUUUUUUGGGGGGGGUUGCCUUUUUAGAUACUACUAGAAUAAAUCUGUACAAAAAUCUGUGUGUACUCCACAUUCCUGUAAACUUACAUGACUCUUCCUGUUCAGUUUGUGAUGAUGCUGACAUGUUUAGCAAACAGUUGUAAUAAUUUUGAAUGUCCUUUGCUCCCCUCUUCUACCACCUCACCCCCCUCACCUCCUCCAAACACUCCGAAGAAAGAUACUGUGCUAUUUAUUGAGUGUUUAUGUCCCAGGCACUUACCUAGUUUUAAUCUUCAAGUCAGUGUUAAGGAGUAGGUAGUAUCCUCAGUUGAGAAUAUGGAGUCUUUCUUGAAGUGAGCUGUUCAAGGUCACACAGCCAGUCAGAAGGGGAGGAGGGUACACCCAGAAAUACUUUACUGCAAAGUGCAAGCUUUUAACCCACUUAUUAUGCUAGAUACUAGGAGGUAGUGGGGUGGGGGGCGGAGAGCUGAUGGCUCCAGUGGAAUCAUUAGGCCAAUAGAGAUGGCCACGGCAGAAGCCAUGACUUCAUUGCAGGAUGUCUUUGGCCCCUCGUUGGAAAAGAUCUCUUGAGGAUCUCUUAUUUUCAGAACCAAACUAAGUGUUGGGAAGUAUUAAAGGAAGGUAGAAAGCAGUCCCUGCCCUGCCCUGACUACUCCUAGUGGGAGAGAGAGUCACCCAAGCCCCAGCUUUGGGACCUGGGAGUGUGGUCUAGCUCAUUGGGCCUUGCUUUUCUGAUUCUUAAAACUGAAUGACUAGUACCUAUCUUACUUACCUCAGAAUAAUUAAAAGCCUAUAUGCUUUUAACAAUAUGAAAGCAUAUGAAGUUUUAUGAAUACAUAUUUGAUUUUUUUUUUGAGAGAGAGAACGAGCGGGGGGAGGAGCAGACUCCCCAUUGAGCAGAGAGCCUGAUUUGGAGCUCAAUCCCAGGACCCCGAGACCAUGACCUAAGCCAAAGGCACACAACGGACUGAGCCACCCAGGCGCCCCUGAAUUCAUAUUUGAAUCGAUAGGAAACAAUAGAAGGUUUAGACCCAGCGAUAGUGGGGUCUGCAGAUGUGUGAGGAGCUCAGGGUAUAGGGCUGUGGAGGAGGGAGCUGUGAGGCCACAGCUGAGUAGCUGCACAAGGGCCCUGUCAAGUUUCAAGAGCGGGGCUGCACCUGAAAACUUAGAAGCAGACACUCUCAGGCAUACCCUACAUGACUGAGCUUUACUUAGUGAUAGUUCUCAAAAGGGUAUGCAGGCAGUCACCCGCUUAUCAGGGAGAGCAGAGCACUGGUGUGUUCCCCAAAAGUGUACAUGUAUGGAGACAGUUUUUCCACUCGCCUGUUAGGUCUAUCCUCUAGGCCAAUGAGAAUCCAACUAUACCAGAAUGGGACUGGGUUACCCCAUAGUGACCCGUCAGACUAUUUAAACAGCCCCAACCGUGGGCAGAAAGCAGAUGUCUGGCCCGGUGUUCUCAGGCCCCCUCUCCCCAAGGUUUGCUGUACUAGCAGUCUCCUCCCUCCUGAGUGUUUCCUUCAUAGCUUUGUGUGUUUGAAGCUCAUAGACUCUGGGCUUAGAAAAGCUUGCAGUAGAAGAGAGAAGAACUGCACCACUGAGCAAGAGUUUUGGGAAGUCUUGACAACCCCGUUCCCCUUUAAAAUAUCAAAUUCUUAGGUAUUCUUCCUACUCUCAGGGCAAAAUUUAAGCUUUUCUGUUUAUAUUGUACCUAUAGUGCAUUUGCCAGUUUAUUUUUUUCUAGUCUCUUCACCACCCACUGACAGCAGGACAUGAGGUAUUACAAAUGAAAGGUAGUUUUCUGUCAGUCACUCAUUCUCUAAAAUAAUUGAAAAAGCUAAAUGCGAAACCAAGGUCGCUUUUAGCUGACCCUUUACACUCACUGCGUAAGCCCCAUACUAACCAAACUAUUUUUUAAUUGACUGAUGGUUUUAGGAAGGGCUGCCAUGAUGUGGACUACAGAGGAGGGUUGCAUGUGCUUUUCUGUCCCUCCUCCAGAGAAUCCACACCUGUCCCAGUUGCCGAGUUCCACUACCAAAUGUGAAUCACAACUAUUUUGGGAACACUUAAGCACAUCAGAAAAAUGAAUGAUUCCAUUCUCGCUUGUCCACGUCACUGAUGUACCCCCUCAAAGCAUGUCACUGAGUUCAUCACAGAAAAUUGUGUCUCCCUGUGCCUUCUACAUCAGGGUUAGGACUGCGCUCGCUCCCCCACCCCCUGCCAAAAAAAGAGAAAAUGUGAGACCAGCACCAACUGGAUAACCUCCUUUGACCCUCACUCCACCUUACCAUAAGUAGACCCAUCCAAAUCCUUCUAGAAAAUUUGAAAGGCAUAUCCCCAUAUAUCAGUGAUAUAAAUAGAACCGCUUCAGCAGCCUCUCGUAGAUGGUGACUUCAAGAUGGACUGGGAAGCGGCCUGGCCUUGGCAAGGCAUCAUCCUCUAAAUAUAAAGAUGAGUUUGUUCAGCCUUUGCAGAAGGAAAAAUUGCUACCCAUCCUAGAGUGCAAUGUCCUUGUCCUCUUUACUGGGAGAAAGGUCGAGCAAGGUUUCAUUUAGUAAGGGUGCUUCACCCAUUCCACCACCAGGUCGUGGGUUGUGACCCUGGCCUUUCAGUCCCAGGACAGGGACACUCUCAGCCCCACCAAGGAGGUGGGGAAUUGGGAGCUCAGCUCGGCCCACCCAACCUGGGGCAGGUCAGUCCGGGAGAAAGAGAACACCCCCCAAAUUCACGCCCUUCGUGAACGCCCGGGUGCGCUGCGCGUCACUGAGGCGAACGGCUCCGGGUGCCCUGGCUUUGUGCCUGCCGCUGUCAGAGCCGCCGACCCGGCCUGUCCCCGGGAGCCCUCCUCCUCCUCCUCCUCCCCGCCUCUCCGUCCUCUCCUCCCGCCGCCAGUUGUCUGGCCCGCGACAGCUGCGCGCCCUCCCGCCGCCGGCUGCCCUCUCCGCGGUGGGGGCGGGGGCCGACUUGGGUCAGCCCUCUGAAUUGGGGAGCUCAGGGGUGGAGAGGGAGAAAUGAAGUUUACUGGCGGGGGGGGGCGCGGGGUCUCCUUCCUUCCCUUCCUGGGACACCCGGUGUGACUGCUACGCCCGUCCUCUCUGUCCCACCGCUGGAACACGGCUCCCUCCUCCCUGUAGCCGCGCGUGGGGUUUCGGGGGUCUGAGUAAAGCCAAAGAAGGGUUGAAAUGUGGGAGGCACCCUCCGGAGCGCCCAGUGCGAGCAGAGCGGACAGGGUGCGGAGGCCUUGCGGACAGGUGCAGCUCCGGGAGCGCAGGCGCAAACACGCACCUACUGGCGCGCGCGGUGACUCUCGCCCCACCCCAUCCCCUCGGGCGGGCAACUGGGCCGGGUCGGGAGGGGCCGACAGUCCGGGGACACGCUCCAUAUACGGCCCGGCCCGCGUUACCUGGGCUCGGGCCAGGCCGCUCCUUCUUUGGUCAGCGCAGGGGACCCGGGCUGGGGCCCAGGCCGCGGGCCGGCUGGGGGAGGGGGCUCUAGUGCCCAACACCCAAAUAUGGCUCGAAAAGGGGAGCGACAUUCCUGCGGGGCGGCGCGGGGGGGCGGCGCCCGCGGGCUAUAUAAAACCUGAGCGCGAGGACCAGCGGCCACCGCAGCGGACACAGCCGAGAGAAGCCUCGCUUCCCUCCCGCGGCGACCGGGGCCCGAGCCGGAGAGCAACAGGUGUAGCCACCCGCCCAG